AUGGAAAAAAAUAUCAACCCCGAACAAUUGAUCACACUAGUUCAGGAAAGAGGUGUCCUUUGGGACAAAACUCUAAAUGAUUAUAAAGAUAAGAACCUGAAAAUAGCUGCUUGGCGGGAAGUUUGCUGCCUACUCAUACCUAAUUUUGACAAUUUGGACGAAAAAGAAAGACAAUCAUGUGGUAAAUUAGUAUCUACAAAGUGGUCGAAUCUACGAGAUGCCUGGAUGCGAGCAAAUAAAAAUGACGUCAAAAAAUCCGGAGCAGGGGCUAAGUUUUCAAAGCCAUAUAUAUAUAAAGAACAGAUGAGUUUUCUGCAAAAAGUGGCUGAGCCUAAUCGAACUCAUGAUUCUGUCAAGAAGCGUCCAACAGAUACAUGUCCCGAGGCAUCAGCGGCCAAUACAACAGAUAUAAAUUCAGAGCUGCUAUUACCAAGCACUUCCAAAAAGCCCAAAACCUCCUGUCUCGAUGACAAAAUGAGCCAGUUUUUAGAUAGCAGGCUACAGUCAGACAGAAGUAACGAACAUCCAAUGCUCUCUUUUUUUAAAGGUGUUCUACCGAGCGUUACGUCUUUUGACGAUAAUGAAACUUUAGAGUUUCAAUCAGGCGUGCUGUCACUGAUUCAAAAUAUUAAAAAGCAGCGUGAAAGUCGUUUAUACUCAUCAAACUAUGGUUGGCAUUCACAAUCAAGAGAUCACGUGCAACAAUCUGUAUAUUCGUCACAAAACCAGAAUGUGCACCCACCAUUAAACCAGAAUAAUAUCUUCCCUUCAAGUGGAUAUGGAUAUUCGACACGCCAACUCGUUGAACCAGCAUCACCUACUUUGUCACUACAUUCAAGUAAUACUCAAGAUUCGGACUUAGAUUUUAGUAAUAUUUAACUCCACUAAUUUGUUUUCGUAAUUAAAAAAAAUUAAAGUUAUUUCUUUCAAUAAAUAUAUGUGAACUAAAAGUGACUGUUUUAUCUCUUCCUUUAUACAAAUUAAUAUGUAUAAUUAUAUUACCUUAAAA